AUGACAAAACAACCUAAGCAAAAAAAUUGCAUUAGAGUAAAACCACCGAUAUCUGAUGCAGUGCCACCAUUUAAAAAGGCUCGUAAAGAGUAUUCAUUGAAUAAGUUGCAACAAAAGAGGGUUAUGGAGUCGCUGGGCCGUGCCAUCUAUGAAUGUCGUCAGAAAACGAAAUCAAAAGAUCCUGUUACUUUAACAGCACUCCCCAAAGGCUAUACAGUCGAAUACAGUUACAAUUAUAAAUUCAGUGGACAUCCUUCCAAAUUUCUUUUCUAUAGUACAAACGCAUUCCUAGAACAUCUGCUGUGGUUGGAAGCCAUGUCCCAUCCAGAGAGCAUUGAACCAAGACGUAAAUGCAAGUGUAUACUUUGUACAAAAGCCAGAAGCAAAAAGGAAGCAGACAUGCAAACCGAUACAUCUUAUGAGUUGACAUCCGACUCACCAUCAUCCUCUUCAGAUAUAACAUCAUCAGCAGAAGCAUUCUCGCCUUCGGAAACUGGAUCGCCGAUGCCUGCUUUACCAGCACCUGCUGCUUCGCCAAAAUCGCCAGCAUCUAGAGAAUCAACGCCAGGCGAUCCAGAAGAGAUGAUCCUCGUAUAUCCCAUGAAGAAGGUCUUGAUUGAACAACUUGUAAAUCCAUACUACUAUUACCCAGCAAAAUUCACUAUACCAUUACCAAAGAUACAGCAAUCUGAUGAGAGUAUCUUUCUGAAAUCACUGCGUUCAUAG